CCUCCAAAAACAUCCAACAGUUGCCUAAUGGGAUUGCCUCUCCAGCUGGCGUCAUGGGGACCUGCUGCAGUUGUCUGUGCAGAGACAGCAUCCCAGACAACCACCCCACCAAAUUUAAGGUCACCAACGUGGACGAUGAAGGCACGGAGCUGGGCGCUGGGGUGAUGGAGCUGACGCAGACGGAGCUGCUGCUGCACACGCACAAGAGGGACGCCGUCCGGUGGCCCUACCUCUGCCUGCGCCGCUACGGCUACGACUCCAACCUCUUCUCCUUCGAGAGCGGCCGGCGCUGCCAGACAGGCCAGGGGAUUUUUGCCUUCAAGUGCUCCAGAGCAGAGGAGAUCUUCAAUCUGCUUCAGGACCUGAUGCAGUGCAACAGCAUCAACGUGGUGGAAGAGCCUGUGGUCAUCACCAGGAACAGUCACCCCACGGAGAGGGAGCUCUCCAGGACCCCCCAGGCACCCAACACUCUGGGGUACACUGUGCAGGGCUUUCCCAAUGGAUUCCACAGCUUCCCUGGCGAAGCUCUCUCAUGCUCCUCAGCUCGGCGCCCCUCCCUCAGCAGCCUGAGGCAUUCCUCUCUGGGUGAAGACUCCACUCAUGCCCUUCUUGGGCCUGAUGAGCAGUCCCACACCUACGUCAACACAGCCAAUGGUGAUCAGGAGCUGAGGGGCCGGCAUUGUAUGCACUCCUUGCCUGAAGUCCACCCUCCUUUCCCCCAUAGGAACCACAGCUGCUCCCUGGAAGACCGCAACCCCCAGGUCUUCCUGCAGCCAGGGGAGGUUAAGUUCGUCCUGGGUCCUGCCGCUACCUACAGACGAGUCUGUGGGCACCCCCGGGAGUGCAGGACGCACUUCUGCCCCCCCAACAACAACAACAACGAGUGCGAGGAGGAGGAGGAGUGUCCUUCACCCCAGUGUGUCUACCAGAACGUCAACGGCUUGCUGCCCGCCGCCACCUCCUCGCUGUGCCAGGGCCGGCGCCCGAAGCUGGCCCGGGAGGACCUGGCGGGCUGCUCGCAGCGCAGGGCGGCUCUGCUGCACUACCAGAACUUGCCGGCACUGCCCCCGGUGUGGGAGAGCCAACCCCUGCGGCGGGCACCGGAGGAGCCGGCGGGCCCCGGGGACACGCUGACACCGUCCCCCAGCGGCUGCUCGGAGGCCGGGGAGGAGGCUCCGCUGCACGGCAGCAGCUCGCUGGGCUCCGGCGGGCGGCGGCGCGGAGGAGGCUUCCUGCCCCGGCCCCGCCGCGGCUGCGUGCCCAGCGUCUUCAGCUUCGACUUCCCCCGGCCUCGGCCCGAGCAGCCGCGGCAGCUCAACUACAUCCAGGUGGAGCUGGAAGCUGAGCCGCGCAAGGGACAUCCGAACCUGCCGGUUCCCUGCGCGCCGCCCCCCGCCGCCCCCGCGGCCCGCCGGACCGGCUCGUACGCGGUCAUCGACCUCAAAAAGACCGCGGCCAUGUCCAGCCUGCAGAGAGCCCUGCCCAGGGACGAUGGCACCGCGCGGAAAACUCGGCACAACAGCACUGACCUGCCCCUGUAG